UAUUCUGUGGCAAUUUUCUAACCUAAAAAAAAUCGUGAUUAUAUGUCAAACGAAAUUGAACUUUGCCUUAAAUAAAAUGUUUGAAAAAAUGAAAUGUGUCUCAUGUGUGAUAUGUAAACAAAAAGAUGCUAGAAAGGUUAAUCCAUUCACUAAGAGUACAUUAAAUAAAUGUAAAAUAACAUUAAAAAUCCGACAAGAAAACAAUUUAAAAUACUGUGAUGUAAUUUUACCAUCAGAAGUGUCUUUUAAGGAAGGUUAUCAUCGGCAAUGCUACGCGAAUUUUACAAGUUUAAAGAAGCAAUACAAGCAAAAUUUGUCAACUAUUUCUCUGGAAUCUCCUCCUACAUCAGAUAUUCUUUCAAGAAGUUAUCAAGUUUUUGAAAAUAUUGAAGUUGUACAGACGACACCUGAACUUGAAGACAGUGUUUUAUUUCCAGAUAAUCCUCCAACAAGUUAUCAAGUUGUCGAAAGUAUUGAAGAUGUACAGAUGACACCUGAAUAUGAAGACAGUGUUUUAUUUUUAGAUAAUCUCUCAAGAAGUGAUGAGUCUUUCGAAAAUAUUGAAAUCGUAAAGACAGAACCUCAACUUGAAGAGAGUGUUAAUUACAUAAACAAUCAAGAUCAUCAGCCUGAAGUUCAAGAUAGUCCAGGCCCGACUCCUGAACCUGCAACAGCUGAUCUCUAUGCAUUAUCAGAAAAUACUAAUGUUUGUAUUUUUUGCACCAGAGCUCGCCGGAAAGUAAAAGGCAAGCACAUUCCGUUAUUCUCUCUUGAAAAAGAUGCUCUGAUUAAUACUCUUCAACCAUAUAAGGAAUUCCUGGAGAAUACGACUGUAUAUAAAACAUUACAAAGUUCAGUAGAUGUAAAAGCUCACCGCAAUUGUAGAGUUGAAUACAUUAAUUCCUUACGUAUGUAUAACAACAAACCAAAAACUGAGUAUCAUAAGAAGUUAGAAUAUCGCGAUAAAGCUUUUCAGGAAGUUUGCUUUUUCAUUGAUGAAAAUAUUGUUAAAGACAAAAAAUGUUUCUUUUUCUCUUUUUUAUGUCAAUACUAUACGGAAACCGUAAAAAAAUUAGCUGCUGAAAAUGGAGAGGAAAUCGAUAGCAAUGUAGGAGCGGCUUUUUUUCAGCAGAAAUUGAGAAAAAAAUACGGAGACUUACUUGACUUUACUUUAAUGCAUCACAAGAAAAUUGUAGGGCCUAAGGGUCGUCAGAUUGACGAAUAUUUAUACUCGUUGAUACAGGAGAAAAACAUUGUUUAGAGUACUGCUAAUAUUUUACGCCAAAAAAUACUCAACAUUGGUUUUUUCAGAUAAUGAACGGACUUCUUAUGAUGAAGACGUGUUUUCGAGUGAUGACUCGACAGAAGAACUAUCAGAGGAUAGUGGUGAUGAGGACGAAGAUUAAAGAUGAUUUUCUAGACAUUUUUAUAAAUUAUACUUGUAACAAAUAUUUUUAAAAACAAUAAACCAAUGAUAUUUACCGUACA